CUUAUCUAUUCAAGCUUUUAGAAAAACCUAUCCGAAAAAGUUUAGGGGGCUAGUAUGUUUUCUUUUUUAGCGGCAACUACAAAUUUGGGUAAAACAUGAACUACUCUAUUCUCAUACAAUUACUUCACAAAAGCGAUCGACCAAUUUAUGAUUAAUAAUAUCGAUUGAAACUUAUAUUUAAAAGUCUUCCGAAUCUGCGAUUCCAGUAUAUCUCUCUUUCUUCUUCUAAUUCAAAAUUAUCGGAAACAUUAUGACAGUGGGAAUCAAAACAGAAAGUCUUAGUGGUCAAGCUCUAGAUAACGCAAAGAUUUUAUCUAGAUAUGAAAUCAAUUGUGAUAUGGGGGAAGGGUAUGGUCCUUGGAAAAUGGGCCCCGAUGCUGAGAUCAUGCCAUACAUUGACUCUGCGAAUAUUGCUUGUGGUUAUCAUGCUGGUGAUCCAAAGAUAAUGGCCGAAACAGUUAGACUAGCUAAAAAGUAUAAUGUAAAAGUUGGUUCACAUCCAGGUUUACCUGACUUAAUUGGUUUUGGUAGAAGACAGUGGAACAUUGCUCCUGAAGAUAUUUACAAUAUAGUCGUUUAUCAAACUGGAGCACUUAAAGCAUUUCUAGAUGCUGAAGGAAUGCCAUUAUCGUACAUCAAACCUCAUGGUGAGCUUUAUUUUUAUGUCGAAAGAGACGAAGAGGUAAUGAAAGCCGUUUUAAGAGCCGCUAAGGUAUUUGGUGUUCCAGUCAAAGCUGCCAAAGGUUCACAUUAUGAAAAGGUUGCCAAGGAAGCAGGAGUUGAAUUUAUUCAAGAAUUUUAUCCUGAUUUAAAUUAUUCGUCAGAAGGUAAAUUAGUUAAGAUUUUUGCGGGGCCUAAAAGUGUGAGAACUCCUAGUAUAAUUAAGGAAGCCGUUUUAUUAGCAGGAUUACAAGAUCAAGUAGUUAGUGUAGAUGAUGAAACAUUAGACUUAAAUUUUGGUACAAGUCCAUUCACAGUUUGCUUGCAUUCGGAUAUGCCAACAGCUUUAGAAAAUGUAAAACAGGCCAGAAUUGCUAUAAAUGAAAUUAACAAGUCUAAAGGAUUCACAUUAAAAGAGUCUUAUACAGCUUGAGAAUAUAGUCCCAUUUGAAUAUAUAACAUUUUUUUUUCUUAGCAAAUAAUAUCACAGUCGAUACGAUACAAACUAAAAAUAUAAAUAAAAUAUAUCGUUUUAUUUUCAUAAGAUAACGGUAUCCGCUAAUUGUGUUUUCUGAUUAAAGUAUAGAACCUUACAGUUACGUAACUUUAUCAUGUUCCAUUUUUUUAGAAAUAUUCUAUUUAUGUACUGGGUUAGAAAGUCCUAUUUGAAACAAAGGGGGUUGAAUUGCGGCAGCGGGACACAUAAUUAAGUCUCACAAAACCCAAUUAGGAAAAAUGCGUCCUUCACUUUUACUAUGACAAAUCAGAUGCCUGAAACUAACUAAACCAAUCCCCCCAAAAACGGU